AUGGACGAUGACACCUACCUGCAGGGAUCCCCAGACUGGAGGUCUUCCUCACCUCAGACCUGCAGGGAUCCCCCAGACUGGAGGUCUUCCUCACCUCAGACCUGCAGGGAUCCCCAGACUGGAGGUCUUCCUCACCCCAGACCUGCAGGGAUCCCCCAGACUGGAGAUCUUCCUCACCCCAGACCUACAGGGAUCCCCAGACUGGAGGUCUUCGUCUCGGUGGACAUCCAGGGUGAAGUCCAGUUCCCCUCAUUCAGGGUCCAGUUCUGCACUGACUCGGAUGGGCGGGUCGGGGACCCGUCGGUGACCCCUUCACCUGCGCCAGAACACGUGACGUCCAACGCCAGCGACAGCGAGAGUAGCUACCGUGCCCAGGAGGAGUUUGUCCUGUCCUACGAGCCCGUCGUCCAGCAAGAAGUUGGCUACACCCGACCCGUCAUCAUCCUGGGCCCCAUGAAGGACCGGAUCAACGACGACCUGAUCUCCGAGUUCCCCGACAAGUUUGGAUCGUGUGUCCCCCACACGACGCGGCCCAAGCGCGACUACGAGGUGGACGGCAGAGACUACCACUUCGUGGUUUCCAGGGAGCAGAUGGAGAAGGACAUCCAGGACCACCGGUUCAUCGAGGCGGGGCAGUACAACAACCACCUCUACGGGACCAGCGUCCAGUCGGUGCGCCAGGUGGCCGAGAAGGGUAAACACUGUAUCCUGGACGUGUCAGGAAAUGCCAUCAAGAGACUCCAGCUGGCGCAGCUUCACCCCAUCGCCAUCUUCAUCAAACCCAAAUCUGUGGAGAACAUCAUAGAGAUGAACAAACGCCUGACGGACGAUCAGGGCAGGAAAACCUUCGACAGAGCCGCCAAGCUGGAGCAGGAGUUCACAGAACAUUUCACAGCCGUGGUGCAGGGCGACACUCUGGAGGAGAUCUACGACCAGGUGAAGCAGAUCAUCGAGGAGCAGUCGGGUCCCUUCAUCUGGGUCCAGUCCAAGGAGAAGUUAUGAAGGUCCCGAC